UAUAGAGCUUUGGUUCUGACUCCGCCGCUUCUUCUUCUUCUUCUAAUCUCCGACGGAUUUGCUCUGAUUCCUUGUGAAGAUUUUCUUCGAGAUGAUGAUGAUGUCGUCGCUUGGUGGUGGUGGUGGAGGAGGAGGAAGUGGAGUUGGUGGUGGCGGCGGAGGGAGGUUUAUGACGUAUUCGUCGUCUCUUUCGGUUCCUCCUUCUGCUCCUCAGUCUCCUAAUUACUCUGGUGGUCUCCGAUCACAGUCUUCUGUCUUCGUUGAGCAAGAGAAGUAUCUUUCAGAGUUACUUGCAGAGCGUCAUAAGCUUACUCCAUUCCUGCCUGUGCUACCACACGCAUAUCGGCUACUAAACCAAGAAAUUUUGCGUGUAACCACACUGUUGGAGAAUGCUACAGUUUUAAGUCAGAGUGGGCUUGACCACCCUAGCCCUCUGGCUUCAGGAGGGAUAUUUCAGAAUGCAAGAGCUGACCUGAACGGAUGGGCCUCGCAGUUUCCAUCAGAAAGAUCUGUUCCAUCAUCUCCGGGACCAAAUUGGCUUAACUCACCUGGUAGUUCGUCCGGUCUCAUCGCCAAGCGUACAAUCAGGGUUGAUAUUCCAGUCGACAAUUAUCCGAAUUUCAAUUUUGUUGGUCGCCUCCUGGGUCCUAGGGGAAACUCCCUGAAGCGAGUUGAAGCAAGUACUGAUUGCCGUGUUCUUAUAAGAGGAAGAGGCAGUAUAAAAGAUCCAAUUAAGGAGGAAAUGAUGAGAGGAAAACCAGGAUACGAGCACCUAAAUGAACCACUUCAUAUCUUAGUUGAAGCAGAAUUACCGAUUGAAAUAGUCGAUGCACGUCUCAUGCAAGCUCGCGAAAUACUUGACGAUCUUCUUACUCCUAUGGAGGAAACCCAUGAUUUGUACAAGAAACAACAGCUGCGCGAGCUAGCAUUGCUCAAUGGAACUCUUCGUGAAGAAGGAUCUCCAAUGUCUGGUUCUGUCUCUCCUUACAAUAGCCUUGGUAUGAAGAGAGCCAAAACAAGAGAAGGGUAAAAAUCAUCGAACAUUUUGGCUGUGAUCAUAAAGCAAUAUGAAACCGAUCCAAAAUUCGACACAAAAAGGUCAUACCACUCUUGACGACACGGUACUGUCUCUUGUCCUUGGGAUAGAAUGGUUGUAUAUAUGAUUUAUGAAAUGUGUUUGUCUGUCUAUUUAUCAUUGUCCCGGAGAGAGAUCAGAUGACAAAAAUUUCAAGGAAAUAAAGAGCUGAUGAGUCU